UUUCACUUGAAUCAUUCAGUUGAAACAGUCAAAUUCGAAAUCAAAAUGAAAUUCUUAUUAUUCGUUGCACUUCUAACCGUUGGAGUUUGUGUCGCUUCUCCAGUUACCGACACAGAUACCAGCGAAAUAAGUGGUGGCGCGCUUGGUUUAUUUGGCGGCUUACUUAAAGCCAUCGUAAAUCCAAACUGCUACUCGCCAACGACAACACCAGCACCGACUUGUCAACCACCAGAGGUAGGCGUGUACCCCAAUUGUCAAUGCCCUCCAGGCUACACAGGUGAUAAUGAGAAAUGCACAACCGAUAGUAAAAUUGCUGCUAUGAAAAAAGGAGAUCAGAGUAGAGAUAAAGCAGGUUAACAAAUUAGGUUAAAAAAGCAAAGAAGAUCAAUGGCCUUGCCAAUAACAAGAAAAGCGGGAAUGAAGACAACAGCUUUUUGAAAUUUGGCCAAUUCUUUCACAUUCCGUUUUUUGAUUAAAAAUAAUAGAUAAGAUUAUCUGGUUGCAAUCAGAGCAGUUUUUCUUUCAUGAAUCCUUCUGAUUCAUUCUGGUUCAGCCAGCUUUUGGAUGUGUUUAAUAAAUAAAAAAUUUCGUAUAAUAAAUAAUCAUGACCCAAGCACUCAAAUUGCACUGUUCGCUCGGGGAAUUUGCACCGUGCGUCAGCUAAGGAAACACGAAACAGAAUUCAGAGCGAGAUACGAAGAAAGCAGUGUAUUUGCAUACGCACGGUGCGAAUGCCACGGGUCAACAGUGCAAAUUGAGUGCUUGGGGAGCUAAAUCAAUUUUACAGUUGAUAAAUUUCAUUUUCCAAUAGAUGAUUGAAAUCGAAUAUAGUUGGUUAUGUUUCAGAGUUAACUAAAAAAGAUUAUAGUCAACAUAGUUGACAAAAAUCAAUUUCAUAUACUUAUAGUUAACCGUAGAUAACUAUGAUCACAAUCGACAUUUCUCAAUUUACUAGGGUGUUUGAUAAGUAAGCUACCUAAUCAUUCCGCUGUGAUUUAAACCGAUUUCUGGGUUCAAAAUAGCCGCUUUUUUCUGUGAGCACCAAUGAGCGUUU